AUGAAAGGUAAAAAAGCGAAAAAGUCAAUCCCUCUCGAAGGAUUCUACCAGCCGUACGACCCUCCCGGAUUUAUCCCUCAAUCAAAACCACCACAACAUUCUCAAUUCGUUCACCCGGGUAGUAUUCCUGCUCUCAACUGUCAGAGUCAUAGCUCUUCUCAACAUUACGGUGGAUAUAUGCAUCAUUACUAUAAUCAAGGUUCCCCGGCCGCACCGAAUCCCUUCAUUCAUCCUCAACAUCAAACCAAUCAACCUGCUCAAGCUUCUCAACACCCACAACCACAACCUUCAUUCAACACUUCCCAUCCCCAUCCUUCUCAAAUCUCCGUCGUUCAUCAAAAUUAUUCACCUUAUACCCAACAAUCUUCCUUGUCUUUCUCUAAUCACACAGCAUUCGACCCUUACAGCCAGUAUGUCAAUCACGUGUAUCACCCCAAUCCAACAUAUGACCAGAUCGGGAUUCGACAAUAUCUAGAAGCAGCGGAAACGCGUUUCGAAUGUGCUGAAUGCGAUAAGCGAAGGAAGGAUGAUAAACGUGCAGGAUGGUGCGAUCAGUGUGGGAAAUUUACUAAGACCAUCAAAAUUAGUGGACUCUAA